AUGGCCGGAGCAGCCACGGGGUCCGGCACCGUGCGACCGAGGCAGCCUGGCAGCUCGGGACAGGGGCCGGACGGGGCGGCUGUGCCCCCGCCAUGCUGCGGGCAGGACCCGUGGGUCCCCGUGGGGCAGGACGCGGCCACCCGCCUGGGGCGCGCCGGGGAGGGAACGGCGAGGAAGAGGAGCAGACCGGCGCGCUCCAAGGCCAGGAGGAUGGCUGCCAACGUCAGAGAGCGCAAGAGGAUCCUGGACUACAACCAGGCUUUCAACGCCCUGCGCCUGGCCCUCCGGCACGACCUCAGCGGCAAGAGGCUCUCCAAAAUCGCCACCCUCCGCAGAGCCAUCAGCAGGAUCGCGGCUCUGUCCCUGUCCCUGCGCGGCGCCGCGCACGCCUGGCCCUGCGCCCACGCCGAGUGCCGGGGCCGGGCCGGGCCGCCGGAGCAGCCCGCGAGGGACGGCCGCCCCCCGCGCUGCCCGCUCUCCUGGGAGCCCGGGCAUCCCCCCGAGCCGCAGCGCCCGCGCGACCGGAGCCCGCGGGAGGCCGGCUGCAUCCCUGGUCCGGCUCGCCGCUCCGCCGGGAGCCCCCAGCUCGGCCCCCGAGCCGCCCGCCAGCAGCAGCCCACGGCCGCCCGCCGCGACACUGCGGCCGGGCCCUUCGCCUGGCCGCUGGGGCCAUUCCAGCGCCCGGGAUACCAGCAGCGCCUGCCCAUCCACUGA